GUGUGUGGGGUCGCCAGACUGAGACUCCUCAGCCCUGGAUGACUGUUUCUGUGAUCUCACAUUAUUGACUCCUCGAGUCGAUAACCUUGGCAACUCCAGCCGACCACACUCCGAAGUAACGGCUGAGAGCGAGCGCUUCUUAGGCUCUCCAAAAAAAAAAAAAAAAGAUAAAGAAUUCGAUCCUGGGCUAGAGCGGCGUCUGAGCUCGGACUUGAGAAUAAUUCUCGGGUUAUAAAUGCACUUCCACGCAGGAGAGAGUGAUUACAGUAAAAUGCUGUUUGAAGAUGAUACAACAAGUCGAGCGAGAUGCUUUUAAAGCCGACGAGAUCGAUGAAGAGAAAAUCCUCGGUGUGGUCAGGUUCAACCCGAAAUCCUUCUCUUCACGUUACGAUGGAGUGUGUACUCGUGCUGGUUUCCACAUCGCUCUCUGUUUCAUCCAACACCUGAGCUAAAGUCCAAGGUGUAGCCUGAGGGUCUCGCUCGUCUCUAACAGCGGAUUAUUGGCCUUCUAUGGUUCUGUCCUAUUUGGAUCCAAGAGGAUGUCUCCCCACGUCCUGUUAUAUUUGCCUAAAGGGAGACAUCAUCAGCAUCCUCUUCCUCUCUGGCAACUGUAAAUGGAAACCUGCACACAAUGAUAGAACACCAGUGAUUGCUGGCUUUGACGUUCUUCACCUCACCUUACCUCACCUCCCCACCCCUUCCCAGUCCCAAGCCUGACCAUGCUGCGCUUCGUACCCCUCAAACUGGGCCGAGUAUACCGCUGCCUGAAGCUUCUCUUUAUUGUAGGCCUGUUUGUUGUGCUUUUGAUGAACACUCACACGCUUCUUGCCUCUUUUCAAAAGAACGAGCUGACAGAUCGUCGCUUCAUCCAUCUCAACAAGUGCCCGGCUUGCUUUGGCACCAGUUGGUGUCGCAAGUUUAUGAACGGGCAAGUAUCGUUCGAGUCGUGGGGCCGACUGCGUUUUCUCGAUGUCUUCAACGUCAAGAACGUUUUCUUUGCCCAGUAUGGCGAACCACGGGAAGGCACGCGUCGCAUCGUCCUCAAGCGCCUUGGCUCCAACCAAGAGCUCGCAGACAUUGACCAGAAAAUCUGCAAGAGAGCGACCGGUCGACCUCGUUGCGACCUCAUCCAGGCCAUGUACAAGACAGAGUUUGCCCGUCUUAAUGGAGACGUUCGCCUCUUGACUCCUGAUGUCGUGGAAGGCUGGUCUGACCUGGUCCACUGCCCCUCGCAGAGGCUGCUGGACCGGAUAGUCAGGAGAUAUGCUGAGACUAAGGACUCUGGAAGCUUCCUGUUGAAAAAUCUCAAAGACACAGAGAGGAUGCAGCUUCUAAUGACGUUGGCUUUUAACCCUGAGCCUUUGGUUCUGCAGAGUUUCCCGUCAGACGAGGGCUGGCCGUUCGCCAAGUACCUGGGAGCAUGCGGGCGCGUGGUGGCCGUGAACUACGUUGGCGAGGAGCUCUGGAGCUUCUACGAGGCUCCGUGGGAGAAGCGCGUGGACCUGGCCAAGCAGCUCCUGGACAUCGCCGAGCAGCUCACCAACAACGACUUCGACUUCGCGCUCUAUCUGCUGGACGUCAGCUUCGACAACUUCGCCGUGGGCCCUCGAGACGGCAAGGUCAUCGUAGUGGACGCCGAGAACGUCCUGGUGGCCGACAAGAGGCUCAUCAAACAGAAUAAGCCGGAGAGCUACGACAUGUGGUACGAGAGCCGCUUCGAGGAGUGCGACAAGGAGGCCUGUCUGUCUUUCUCCAAAGACGCCCUGUGCUCAAGGGUCACCGUCGACCAUAACUACUACGCCAUCUGUCAGAACCUGCUGUCCCGCUACGCCACGUGGAGAGGCAGCACCGGGGGCCUGCUGCACGACCCGCCGGCCAACGUGGCCAAAGACGGGCAUCUCGACUCCCUGCUGGAGGAGUGCGUCAAGCCCAAGGCGCGGUACGGACGCUUCGCGGCUGCCAAAGAGCUCCGGCAGUAUCUCACCGAGCUCAGCGGUACGGUCAGGUAAUGACCGGGGCGGAGGGUACCGAGAUACUAACUGCUUCUUUCUGCUCUCCGGGUGGCCGAGGAGCUGUUUCAGAGCAAAGGAGAGAGGAAAAACAUCCGCGAGCUCUGAUAGCUGUGUCAACGUUCCAGCCUGCUGACUUUUUAGAAAUUGCCAUAGAUCAUGAUGGCUGGAUGAAGCUCUCCAUAUUUUUUUGUGGAAUGAAAGAACACUUUUUCUUUUUUUAAACUUGAUUUCACGAUGGAGGGAAACACUUGCUAGUGUUCCAGUCUCAGCUCAGAGAGUUUGCAGUGAAUCUCUAAAAAAAGAGAAGCAGGAGCUGUCGUACUUUCUUCCAAAGCGUUGCUCGGUUCACUGAGACGCCAGCGUGCUCAGAAAGGACAGCUGGAGAGUUCGGUGCACAGCAGCUCGGGAGAAACCCAUAUCCAGGCCUCUUCACUAAAUCUCAAGACUUCCAGCGAGCUGAUGGUUGGCAGUCAGGCAAAGGCGAGGGUUUAGAGCUGAAUAAUGACAUACAGAUGGUUUUGCUUUCACGUAUAUACCAAAGAUCCUGGAUAUAUGUUGCUCCGAUUCCUGUAUAUUUCAACAUCCUGAACUGAUUACGAGUGCCCGAGGCACGGCAAAACCAACACUUUUAUUCAUCGAGCAGAUCCAGUGAGGACUGAACUGAUUACGGGACGAUUCUCUGUUCUGAAUAAAUAACCACCGGGUCCGGCUCGAACCACUGUUUGAAAGCUGAGACGCCGAAAUGCGGCGAUGCGCCGGCCCUACCGUCCAAAUUAAAUUCUCCAGCUCUGAAAUUGAUUUAAUCACACGUCUCUGACACUUAACAUCGGUUAACCUUCAGCUAUCAAUCUGCCAUUUUUUCAUGUUUCUGCUGUUUUUUUUUUUUGGUUUUUUUUAUGAAACAAAUUAGCACAUUAGGUUUGAUUUUGCACAUGGUGCACCAGGGAAUUAGCCCUGUGUGUGUGUGUGUGUGUGUGUGUGUGUGUGUGUGUGUGUGUGUGUGUGUGUGUGCGGAGGCAUGAUUCAAAUCAUAAAAUCAUUAAUCUCUGAGCUUUGGGAAAGGGGCUGGAAUCCGAAAUCCAGAUAAUCACUUCAGCUAAGGACAUUUCGCCAAGGACAUGAGCGCAAAGAAAAGACGUUGCCGUUCUUUCUCUACAGAGUGAACUUGAGUUCCUGGAGAUCUCCAACCUAACAGAACCUGCUUCCUUCUCUGAUCUAAUCUCCGACUCGAGCUCUGCUGUAUCUGAAUCUGUUUAACUGUUGGACUCACGUCCACUUGACUACUCACGUCAGGUAUUAGAUCAGGGCAGGAAUGGCGUUCCACAAGGUUCGGUUGCGCGUCUCCUCGAACCUCCAAACGUGGAUAAGCAAUAAGUGACGUUCCUCCAUUGUCGUUCUCCACCGUAUGACCCGGUUUAAUCAUCUUCAAAAUCUCUGCUUUACCUGGGACUCAUUUGCACCUCUUUAGCGGCAGGUGCGAUCGUUUUGUAAGUGCGUAAAAAAAAAAAAAACUAAAUGAAAAAAAAAAAUAACCCUGUCUGCUUGUGUUGUAAUUAUUUUUCAUCGAGUCAUAUAUCAGCGGUGUCUGAUUUUACUGUGCCUUUCAUUCGAAAGUUGUAUCCACAACUUUUCAGUGGGUUUAAUUGAUCAAAUAAAUGAAUCUAUCUAUCUAGA